GUGUUUUCAGUGUGUAUUAGCCAUAAGAGUUUGACUGAUGAUUCGUUGAAUAACAAAGCUCAGUAGCUCAGUCAGCGGAUGUCGGGCAUCGAAAUAUAAGACAGGAACGAUAAACGAUUUAAGCAACGAAAUUUUUCGAAGAGAAGCGAAAAAAUUGAUAAGAUGUCUCUCAAAUUCGAUAUUUUGUACAUCGGCGAUGAAAUAUUUAAUAAUGUCCGUUAUCUGCAUGACACUAUAGCCAGUAUAGAAGGAAUUUUGACUUCUUGUAGUCCUGUAAAAUAUGAUGAAAAUAUGAUAAAGAAAUAUUUAAUUUGUCUAAUUAACGAGGAUAAAAGUGAUAUCAUUAUCAUAACUGGUGAUCUUAGUCUUCCCUCGAAAAAUAAUGCUAUACAUAAAGUGAUUAAUCAAAUGAAUGAUAAUAAUAUCUCCGAAGAACUAAAGAUAACACUCUCGUUUCUAAAACAGAACUUAAAGAUGACAGACUUUAUUAGUCCCACAUGUGCAGUACGAAACCAAAAGCUUAUUAUCAGUAUGUGUCCUUAUCAAGAUUUACAAAAAAGUUUAAAGGACAAUGAAGUAACAUUGAUGCAAAUAAUUUGGUUGCUGACUGAGGAAUAUAAUAAUAAAUUAAAAAAAUCUUUGAACAACAAGAAAGAAGAUAUUGAUCCUACACAUUAUUUGUAUUCCAAUUGUAAAGAAGAGAUGUGCGAUGACAAAAGUAAUGAUGUAAAUGAAACGGAAAAAGAAAAGAAAAUGAUUGGAGUGCCUAAAGAACUGGACAUAAUACGUAAUAUAGUAGAACAAGCAUCGUCAGAUACAGAAGUCGUGCGUACGAAAGACGCCUAUGGCAGGAUAUUGGCCCAAGUUGUGUAUGCAACAGCAGACGUGCCGUCUUUUAGGACUUCGGCCAAACAUGGAUAUGCGAUGCUGGCCAGUGAUGGGAUGGGCAUAAGAAAAGUACAGACAGCAUCUUCCAUGGCCACUGACAGUAAUUCAAUCGUACAUGGCACGUGCAUGUGGGUAAGAAGUGGAGCAGCUAUACCUAAUGGAGCAACGGCAGUUGUAAUACCCGAAAAUGUAAAAAUAACGAAAAAACGAAACGAUGAUAAUGAUUAUUUCAAUAUGGCACAAGAAAUUGAUGUCCUAAUUGAGCCACAGGAGGGUGCAAAUAUUAGAGAUGUUGGCUGUGAGAUAAAGAACAAACAGUUAAUUUUAAGAGCACACUGUCGUCUUGGACCAGCAGAAUUGGGAAUUUUGACAUUAUGUGGGAUUAAUGAAAUUAUCGUCUUUAAAGAGUCAUCUAUAGGUUUAUUAUCGAUUGGAGACGAAUUAGAAGAACCUGGAAAUGUUUUAACUCCAGGGCGCAUCUACGACAGCAACAGGAUAACUUUGAGCUCCUUGUUGAGAAAGAACGAUUAUAAUUCCGUGGACUUUGGAAUUUCGGUUUAUCAGAAAAAUGUUAUAAUCGACAAAAUCAGCUACGCUUUAAAAAAAGUAGACGUACUCGUGACGAUGGGCCGUGCGAAUAAUAAAGAUAUGUUAAAGAAUAUUUUGAUCCAAAACUUUAAUGCCACUAUACACUUUGAUUGCGUGGAUAUGAAACCAGGGAAAUCAACAAUGUUUGCAACGUGCAAGGUUGAUGACGAACAAAAGUAUUUCCUGUGCAUGUCGGCAAAUCCAACAACCGUUCCCAUUGUUGCACAUAUAUUUCUUCUGCCGCUUCUGGACGAAUUGCGCUUGUACGUCCAUAAGAACCCUACCAUACUUGCUUGCGUAUAUUCGCAGCAGGAGCUGCAUGCACGUCACAAAUUUUCAUGGGCGACCUUAUGCUGGACCGAAAAGGAUACAUUUGCAAAGGUUUUGCGCUUGGAAAACAAACAAAACGUGAUGAACUAUAAAGACGCUAAUGCACUUGUAAUGCUGCCAAGACGUACCUUUGAGUAUCCAAAAUUAGAGCCCGCAUACAUAUUAGCGUUACUUCCUGAUUUGAAAUAAUCUCUGCUAAGAGAUUUUUCAUUGACCAAUAUUCGCAUACUUUGCAAUGUUUUACUCAAUUAAACGAGGACGUGUUUAUAAAGACCAACAUAGAUAGAUCAAUUUAACUCAAUUAUAUAGAUCAAUUUGACUCAAUUAUCAAGAUAAGAAUAAUUUUACUGUUGUAACG